AUGUUUAGAAGGAUUCGCCGUAGAUUUUGUCGGCUCUAUGCAUGUCAAUGGCUAUUUGGAAUGAUAUACGUUCUCGUGAUAGCCCUGGUCGUUCGACACAACAGGCAGCAGUCGGUGCAGUUUUCAAAGAUUUUAAUUUCGAAAGACUGGCGAGCGACGGCAAGCAAAGCCCCCAGUGAGCGCACAGACAAUGAUGGGCGAGUAAAGGACUGGGAGAGAGUUAAACGGACCCCUGGAGAAAAUGAUGUCAGAUACCACAUCAUUGAGAAAAUGGAAGAUGCACAGUCAGAUAUCAACGUAAUAGAAGGCGAAAUUGCUAACAUUGACGCCAAUUCAAGAAUCAACAGAGGAAAUGUUAAUGUUCAUCUCUGGAGGGGACUGUGCUGUCCCAAAAUAAAUAGUUUAAGACAGUACCCCUUAUUUCCAACUCUACCUAAAGAACGUUUGUUUCGUCACACUAUCAACUCUGGUCCGUCGGGGACCUGGUACGGGCAAAGAAUAAUGGGAUUCGUGUAUCCUCCUAUCACUGGUAAUUACACUUUUCACUUAAUUGCACAUGUCUUCGCUGAACUAUGGCUUGGCAAGGAACAGAACGCGACGGAUGUUGAAUUGAUCGCAAAAGUUGCAAUAGAAAACAACAAACAUUCUUCAGCCAAGUCUGUGAGCCACACGUCCCGGAAAAUAUAUCUCGAGAGAGAAGGGAAGUAUUUCUUUGAUUUGCUUCACGUGAUGAAUGGAGGAAUGAUGAGUCGUGAUCACGUGAAUGUCACUUGGCUGGUUCCCAGCGGUCAUGCGUUUACCGAAAUUUCUGCUAAGUUUCUCUCACCCCUAUUGCAGGAUGAUCCUUCUUUUUUUAAUCACAGAGAGUUGUCAGAACGUAGUGAUAUGCUACGAGCAUCUCCCAGCGUUAUUGACUCGGAAAUCAAUGAUGCUGACGCUGGGGAAGGCGAUGAGGAUUACGAAGGAAUAGAGAUACCUAGAAAACAAAAACUGUCAAAAAAAUUUACAUCGUAUUUUGGAGAGGAUUUUAACAUCGAAAAUCAUUACGACUUGAUGACUUUUGAUCAACUUCCGGAGGUAUCUCAGGAAAUACUAUCCAUUUUUCCGAGUUGCCCUUACGAACCAAAAUAUGUCCAAAAAAGGACUUUCAAACGUUUUGAAGGAAUUUGGAAAACACAUUUCAGCUCCGUAUUCCCAGAUGACGGCACGAAAGAGUUCAUAUGCAUUGGAAACAGACUGAAAAGAGACUGUCAUGGAAACAGUUUAAUUACUGCGGAUGAAGUACUAGAAAUUGUUCGGACUUUUACAAAGACUAUUCAAGAAAAAUAUCCCAAGAAAUAUGAUUUGAAGGCUAUCGUUAACGUCGAAAAGACCCAAGAUAUCUCGCGUGGAAGUCGAUAUUUGCUCGAGCUCAUUUUCCGAGAAAGGGCUCGGAACAAGAUCGUAAAACUAUCUGAAUAUGUGUACAAAUUCAACAACAGUUCCAGACUUUGUACGCCAGCGGGAAUUUCUUGGAAUAGGAACGUGACAGUAAAUGUAAUUCUGACCGUAAAGAACCAAGGAAACUGGGCCCAACACUUCAUUAACGAGAUGUCCCGGAUUUCAGAAGAGACGCGUGAAGAUCACGUGAACAUAAUAGUGGUGGAUUAUGAGAGUAAGGACAUCAAUAUAGAGGAGUCUUUGAGGCAAAGUUCGUUGACAAACUACAAAGUCCUGAAGCGCACUGGCGCGUUCCACAAAACAGAAGCCAUUCAGUCAGCGGUCAGUACCAUUACAGAUCCACACAGCAUUGUGCUGUUGUUUGAUCUUCAUCUUCUCACACCGAGCACAUUCUUUAGCGUUGUCAGAAAGCACACAGUAGAGGGAAGGAUGGCGUUCACCCCAGUCCUCUUCAGGUUAACCUUCUGUGGAAGACCGCUGACGACGACAACACAAUCCAAAGGCUACUGGGAAACAUUUGGAUUUGGAAUAUUCAGUAUCUUCAAGUCGGACUGGGACAGGUUUGGAGGGAUGAACGUCCAGGACUUCCGAGACAAAUGGGGCGGGGAAGAUUGGGAAAUGAUUGAUAGAGUACUGGCUGUGGGGCUAGAAGUCGAGCGAUUGCGCUUGCCCGGGUUCUAUCACUUUUAUCACUCGAAAGAUGGAAUGUGGGACAAAAGCUCGUAAUUUAAAUGAAUUAUUAUAUAAACACCUAUGAAAUACCAAGUAAGCUUUUGCGCGAAAACACGACAACUUCAUAUGUGAAGGUAACAUGUUAUGUUUACACUAAAUAACAUGUUACAUUCACACGUAAAAAGAUCACCGUUGCUAUGGUUUCAUGUGAAAAUCUCACCUUUCGAAAUGAUUAAUUAUUUCAUUGAUGUUUAUUCAAUAAAUAGAAUAUUACAUGCCCGUUUGGAGAAGCAAACUUUCUCUCAAGUCGUGUUGAAAAAUAUUUCACGAGUUAAGCGAACGAGUUUUAGUGCUAUUCAUGAAAAAAUGCUCAAUACUUAUUUAAAAGGUAAUUCGAUGGCAAUAUAUUUUAUCAAAGCACGGCUUCAAUAGAAACAACCUCACCGAGGUAUUGGAAAUAAUCUUUUUAUCGCUGUGCUACCGUAUUCUUCUACUGUCGUCUGCCCAUUGGAUCGUUCUCGAUAACAUCAAUUGGGUUGAACUGCAGGCGAACAAGAUAUUGUGCCGGGAAGUUUGUGGCUACAGGAGUGAUACGUCAGUUGUUUUGGCUGGAAAGAGCUAUGACAACAAACUGACAGCAAGAGAUAGCUGUUCAUGGGAAAAAAUCUCAGAUAUGAACUUUUAAUGACCUUGGGGUUUAAAAGUUUCUAAAAAAAAUAUCUCUUAUUUCAGACGAAUACGUACGAAUUUCACAUUUCUCCAAAGAGGAAUCGUUUGAGCCGAUCAUAAAGUUAUGAGAGAUCCCUCGAAUUUACAGUUUGAAAUAAGCAAAUUUAAAGUUUCCGACAUCCAAUUAAUUUACUGUGAUAAUUAAGAAGCAAUACUUCUGAAAAAUAUGACUCUUCCGUCUGCUAUUUCAUGAAAGUCACAAUGAUCUCUGACGAAUCUUCGAUUAAUUAGUUAAGAUAUAAUGCAUACAGCUUAAGAAAUAAUUCGUUGCACAAACUGUCUACUCCACGGUGAAUCUUAGGUCUUUUGCCCCCUGCCGGUCAAAUCAAUUAGUAUGUACGAUCUGGAGUCCAAAUUUGAAACGAAGAUAGCUGGUUGGU